AUGCAAAAUGAAAGUUCCGGUGUAAAUAGUUACUUUAAGAAUGGAAGAAAGGUUAUUGUUCUUCAUCAACCUCCAUUCAACAUUUGUGAGAGAUUAUUUUCUUAUUUUAAUGUCCAGGACAUGUCUAAAAGACCAAAUGGUGAUUCUUCAUCUUCAUCAAAAUCUCCUAACACUCAUGGUAAUUCUAAUGGUGAACUAAAUAGAACCCCAUUCUCUAAUAUUACAAAUGUUAUUACUCCCGACGUUUUCGCUAAAGAUUCUGUAGAUAGGCGAAAAUUAAGAAAGCUACAUCUGGAUAGUAGAAAAUCUAAUACACUGAAUAAAACUUCAAAGUCGAACAACAAUUUAUCAUCAGCAAAUAAUAUGCCAUCAAUUCUUAAAUCUCAGCAAAAUAUAACACCAGAUAGAUCUCUUACAAAUCAUCAAAUGAGUUUUCAGAGUAUUUAUUCAAGUAUAAACCAUACAACUUCAUUGAAUGAGAUCAACACUGGUAUGGUAGUUUGCACUGACAAUAAUUCUACUCCUACAACUACUCAAGGAGGAUAUUCUAUUUCUUCAAGUAUCAUCACAUCCUCAAAUAUAUCUUCUGGAAAUCAUCGAUCUUCUUUAACAAAGUUGUCAACCGGAAAGCGUAAGUUGAUAAAUACUGCACAGAAUAUAAAUCCUGUGCCAAUGGUUGACUUGACAUCAGAGGCAGAAUCCGAUGUGCACUUUAUUGAGAAAGACCCAUUUAAAGGAAUCUCUAAAGAUUACUUGGAUCAUGGUGAGCAGAAUGUUAUAUGUGGAAUAUGUAAAGCGAGAUUGUGGAAAGAUGAAGCCGGUAAAGGAAAAAUAGAACUUGACAAACUUUGUUAUUUGCAGUGUUGUGGAUACGACAAGGUUGAGCUUCCUGAUUUCAAAGACAGUCAAUCCAGCUAUCAAUGUCUUUUUCGUUGUAUGGAUGAAAAAAGCAAGCAUUUCCUGAAAAACAUCCGCCGUUUUAAUUCUAUGUUCUCUUUUACUUCGAUGGGUGGGAAGAUUGAUUCAUCUAUUAAUAAAGGUAAUGCUCCAUACAUAUUCAGACUUGGCGGUCAAAAUUAUCAUUCUAUGGGAAGUCUUCUACCCGAAAAUGGAGAAAAACCAAAAUUUGCUCAGUUGUACAUAUAUGAUACUGACAAUGAAGUUUCAAAUAGACAUGCAUUAUUCAGUCAAUCAAGAAAUCGUUCAUCAUCAACAUCAGAGACAUUAGAUACUGAGAUUAUACAGUAUUUAAAGAUUAUGCUAGAUACAAAUAAUCAGCUGGUGAAAACUUAUAGGAAUGUACGAGAUUGUUUCAAGGUAAAUCCUCAUGUUAAUCUUAAGCUACGACUAAUUGGUAAAAGAGAGAAAGAUGGAAGAAUAUACAAUUUACCAACGGCUUCUGAAGUUGCUGCUUUGAUUGUUGGAGACAUUAGUGAUUCGCUAGAAAAGCGAGAUAUUAUUGUUGAAACUCAAACUGGUGAUCUACAACGUAUAAGUGAGCUACAUCCUUCAUAUCUAGCUCUUCAAUAUCCACUUUUAUUUCCGUAUGGUGAUGAUUGUUAUCGUGUUGAUAUUCCUCAUAGAGAACUUAGCACUUCAAGCACUAGCAAACGCCCAAAUUGUACCAUGCGAGAAUGGUUUGCAUACCGAGUUCAGGAUAGGGCUAAUAAUUUCUCAUUGAUUCUUAAUUCACGUAGACUUUUCCAACAAUUUUUGGUAGAUGCUUACACUAUGAUUGAAACUGAACGUCUAAACUUCAUACGUUACCAACAGAAGGAUCUUAGAUGUGAGUCAUAUGAUACUCUUCAAAACUUACAAAGGAGGGUAAAAAGGUUUCUUAAGGAUACGACCAUAAAUCCGGAAGAUAGGCCUGAUAUAUUAUGCCGCAUAUUCAAAAUCAAACUUGAUUCAAUCAUCACAGAUUUAAAGGAGAAGGCGUUAUUGGGAACUGUACAAGCAGUUGUUUACACAGUAGAGUUUCAGAAACGUGGUUUACCCCAUGCCCAUAUUUGUUUAUUCAUGGAUGUUAAUCAUAAGCUCCCCACUGUUGACCAUAUCGAACCUUUUAUUUCUGCUGAAAUCCCUGAUAAGAAAGAAGAUCCAGAACUAUAUUCUCUUGUGAGUGAAUACAUGAUUCAUGGUCCAUGUGGCAGUGCUAAACCGAAUUGUCCAUGUAUGGUAGAUGGGAAGUGUUCUAAAAAAUUUCCCAAGAAAUUUGCACCUCACACCUGUAUUGAUUCAAAUGGCUUCCAUGUAUACAAAAGAGCAGAUUCGGGUAACUAUGUUGAAAAGUCGGGUGUUAAGUUAGAUAAUAGAAGUGUUGUGCCGUAUAAUAAAACACUGUUGAAGAGAUAUCAAGCACAUAUCAAUGUAGAAUGGUGCAACCAGGCUGGAUCAAUUAAAUAUUUAUUCAAGUAUAUUAACAAAGGUCCUGAUAGAGCAUCGGUGGCUUUUGAAGAAGCUGGCAAACAAGAUGAACAAGAUUUAGCAAGGGACGAAAUAAAGGAGUAUUAUGAUUGCAGAUACAUUUCCGCAUGUGAAGCGUCAUGGAGAAUUUUUGCAUAUGAGGUUCAUUAUAGGUAUCAUGCGGUUAUUAGACUUCCUUUUCAUUUAACAGGUCAACAUAACGUCGUAUAUGGCGCAGAUGAUGAUAUUGAUGAUGUUCUCAACAAACAAUCUGUUUCUUCGUCUAAGUUUUUAGCCUGGAUGAGCCUUUCCCCAGCUCUUGGUGAGGCUUAUUUUCUGAGGAUUCUUCUCAACAAAGUGAAAGGACCAAAAUGUUUUGAAGAUAUUAGAACGGUAAAUGGGCAAACACUUCCUACUUUUAGAGAUGCAUGCUAUGCGCUUGGGCUUCUAGAUGAUGAUAUGGAAUAUAUCGAAGCAAUUAAAGAAGCAAGUUUAUCACUUACUGAGGACCAAAUAAAAAAUUUGACCUUGGGUGAGAUUGAGAAAUACUUACUACGCAAUAACUCUACCCUAAAGAGAUUUACAUGUAUGCCUUAUCCGAGUGACGACUCCAUAGCUUCAGCAAAUAAUCGUUUAAUCAAUGAGGAGCUAUCUUAUGACAGGACCAAUCUAGGUAAUGAAUUUCAGCCUCUCUUUAAUUCAUUGACAGAUGAACAAAGAUGUGUUUUUGAUGAAAUUAUCAAAGCUAUCAAUGGUAACAAAGGAGGUGUUUUCUUUGUCUAUGGAUACGGUGGAACGGGUAAAACAUUUUUAUGGAAGACAUUAUCAGUUGCAUUACGAUCUAAAGGUGAGAUUGUAUUAAAUGUUGCAUCGAGUGGUAUUGCAUCUUUGCUAUUGUCAGGAGGCCGAACAACGCAUUCUAGAUUUCAUAUUCCUAUCAAUCUUAACGAAGAUUCAAUCUGCCACAUCAAACCAAAUAGUCCUGUUGCUCAUUUACUAAAGGAAACAAAAUUGAUUAUAUGGGAUGAAGCACCGAUGGUACAUAAACAUGCCUUUGAAGCUCUUGAUAGAACACUAAAAGACAUUUUCAAUUGUGAUACUUCAAAAAAUUCUUAA